GAGAGGAGAGGAAGCAGCUUUUGCCGUCGCUGUGUUUCAGCCCCUGAGCCAAAUGCAUCUUGACGUUAGGAAAGGAAUACAUUUGCUCAGCCCGUGUAGUAACACUGCGGCUAUUCCCACUUGUCUGUUUGACGGUAAGUUGACCGAAACGAGCGAGCCACGGGGACAUCCUUCCUCUGUCACCCUGUGGCCGGGGCGCCACGCCGUCCUGGGAGGGGGAAACUGAGGCACGGGGCAGCCCUGAGGUUGGUGUUGGCAGAGCUGGUCCUAGCUGGAGGGGUUUGUGUGCGCCAGGCACGUCGGGCACUGCGAGCUGCAAACGGCUGAAAAUGCGUGGAAAGGCUCCUGCAGGGCCACUAAUUCAUUUUCCAGACAUUUAGGAAUAACAAAAUGUUUUAAUGAUUUCUUAGGGGAAUUAGGGAGACAUAUUUUUGUCCUCAUUAAAUUUUCUCCUGUGCUACGAGAACCAAAUGUCAGCUGGGUUUCCAGAACCCAGUUAUCUUCCCUCCCCACCUCACCCGCCUGCACACGCCUGCACAUGGAUGCACACACAUGCACGCCCCAAAACUGCUUCCCUGUGCUCUCUGCACUCCUCCUCCUCCUCUCUCUGCUUUGCACAGCAUCCUCUCUUGCUCCCCUCCUGCUCCCCAAAUCCCCCCUCCCACGGUUCAUCCCCGUCUGUUCCAUGUCCACAUGUCUCUCGACAGGCAAACUCUUUGUGGAAUACUUUCCAAGAGCCACAUAAGUCCUGAUUCGACAUUUUUUGCUUUGAAUGGCUGCUGUCAACACAAAUCUCUGGCAGAGACUGUAACGGAGCCUGAUUGCUCAGCAAGUAUUUUGAUAAACCCCGCUCCUGUGCUGGAGGCUGCCCGGAGCCUGGAGGAUCGGCUGCAGCAGCUCCAGCGCCUCGAGGCGGAGCCGCCGCCCCUGAAGGAUCUCAGCCGGCCCUGGAAGAAGCACCCGGAGCUCGGCAGCGCCAAAGAGCGCAGGGAGGGGAAGCCGCCCGCAGCCGAGCCCCCGCUGCCCGGCCUCGACGGCAAAGCAGCCGGCACAGAGACCUCGCUGCCGAGAAAUGAGGCAGACAAGCAAAAGGGCCUGCAGGAAGCUCAGGUCACCUUGGCCGCUCGGCUGGGGGAGGCAGAGGAGAAGAUCAAAGUGCUCCACACAGCGCUGAAGGCCACCCAGACGGAGCUGCUGGAGCUGCGCUGUAAAUACGACGAGGAGGCGGCGUCCAAGGCAGAUGAAGUGGCCAUGAUCAUGACCAACCUCGAAAAAGCCAACCAGCGGGCGGAGGCGGCGCAGAGGGAAGUGGAGAGUUUGAGGGAGCAGCUGGCGGCUGUCAACAGCUCCCUGCGCCUGGCCUGCUGCUCCCCGACGGGCACCACGGGGCAGGACAAAGUGAACUAUUCCAUGUGCUCAGGGUCGAGGUUGGAGGCAGCUCUGGCUGCCAAGGACCGGGAGAUCCUGCGGCUCCUGAAGGACGUGCAGCACCUCCAGAGCUCGCUGCAGGAGCUGGAGGAGUCCUCUGCCACCCAGAUCGCCGAGCUGGAGGGGCAGCUGGCCGCCAAGAACGAGGCCAUCGAGAAGCUGGAGGAGAAGCUGCAGGCACAGGCAGACUACGAGGAGAUCAAAACCGAGCUGAGCAUCCUGAAGGCGAUGAAGGUGGCCUCUGCCGGCUGCAGCCUGCCCCAGGCAAGUGCCGUGGCGCGUCCCGGGGCGCUGGCCGGGCUGUGCCAGCCCUGCCGGCGCUGCCUCCGCCGCCUGUCCCCAUCUCGGCUUGGCUCCUUGCAGAGCAUCUCCAAGGCGGAGGAGGCCCUGCUGCUGGGGAAGGAGGCUUUCUACCCCUCCCAGAAGUACCUGCUGGAGAAGCCCAGCCUGCUGGCCAGCACUGAGGAGGAUCACUCCGAAGACGAGUCGGGGAAGGAUGCGCUGGGCAUGGAGCAGCCGUACCCAUCACCCCACCACGCCCCGGCCGAUGACCCUGCGUCCCCCACUCCCCUCCCGCCUCUGCCUGGCCCCGGCAUGGCCCCUGACGGUCCCCGGACUUUCUCCCUGUCCCCCUUCCCGGGGGGCGAGCGGCUUCCAGGGGACCCCAAGGCCCCCCACCUCCCGCUGGCCAGCUACAAGAGCGAGAGCAGCAGCGGGGCACCGCCCUUCCCCUCCUCCCUCUUCGGGGCCAAAAGCAGCACCGUGCACCCUGUCCCCGUGCCGGCCACCAGUGCCACCAGCCCUCCCGGCGAGCCCUCCGAGGGCAGCGCCGGCAGCUCCGCCGAGGAGGAGCAGCUGGACACGGCCGAAAUCGCCUUCCAGGUGAAGGAGCAGCUGCUGAAGCACAACAUCGGGCAGAGGGUCUUCGGGCACUACGUGCUGGGGCUGUCGCAGGGCUCCGUCAGCGAGAUCCUGGCGCGGCCCAAGCCCUGGCACAAGCUGACGGUGAAGGGCAAGGAGCCGUUCAUCAAGAUGAAGCAGUUCCUCUCCGACGAGCAGAACGUGCUGGCCCUGAGGACUAUCCAGGUGCGCCAGAGAGGUAGCAUCACGCCACGGAUCAGGACGCCAGAGACCGGCUCCGACGACGCCAUCAAAAGCAUCCUGGAGCAGGCAAAAAAGGAGAUUGAGUCGCAGAAGGGAGGGGAGCCCAAAACACCGUCGGCAUCGCAGGCAGUGGCCAACGGGGCGGGUGGCAGCAGCUCAGAGGACGCCAUCAAGAGCAUCCUGGAGCAGGCGCGGCGGGAGAUGCAGGCGCAGCAGCAGGCGCUGCUGGACAUGGAGUCGGGGGCCAGCGGGCGCGGCGGGGACGCGGCGCCCACCGAGCGCUCCACGCUGGCCACCGUCAGCCAGAACAUCGCCCCCACCUACGUCAAGCAGGAGGAGGGCAGCGGGGGCAGCCCUGGCCCGCCACAGACGCCCCUGGCCGUGCUCUCCCCCGCCGCCUUUGUGCAGAGCAUCAUCCGGAAGGUGAAGUCGGAGAUCGGCGACGCCGGCUCCUACUUCGACCAGCACUGGGCGUCGGAGCGGAGCCUGCUCAGCCGGCCCUACACCUCCGUGUCGCCUUCGCUGUCCUCCUCCUCCUCGAGCUACUCCAGCAUGGCCAACGGCAGGGGCUGGCCGCGGGGUGAGCCUGGUGAGGGUGGCACCAACGAGGACGAGCUGCAGGCGGUGGACGAGGAGCCCCAGCGGCUGUCGGAGAUGAAGGCGGAGGGAGCCGGCGCGGAGCCGGCGGCUGGUGGGCGUCUGUCCUACUACCCCACGUACGUGCCACGGACCCUGAAGCCAACGGUGCCACCGCUGACGCCGGAGCAGUAUGAGAUGUACAUGUACAGGGAGGUGGACACGCUGGAGCUGACCCGGCAGGUCAAGGAGAAGUUGGCCAAGAACGGCAUCUGCCAGAGGAUCUUCGGAGAGAAGGUGCUGGGACUGUCCCAGGGCAGUGUGAGUGACAUGCUGUCGCGGCCCAAACCGUGGAGCAAGCUGACGCAGAAGGGUCGGGAGCCCUUCAUCCGCAUGCAGCUCUGGCUGACAGACCAGCUGGGCCAGGGGAUCAGCCAGCAGCCCACACCCUCCCAGGCCAGCCCGGCGGAGCCCCAGCCGUCCCCCUCGCCGCCCCCCAGCCCCACUGAGCACGAGAAGGGCUGCCAGGAGCCCCUCACCCUGGCCUUGGAGAGCAGCAAGGAGAACCAGCAGCCCGAGAGCCGCUCGACGCCUCUGCUGGGUGGGAAGGCGUAUCCCAACAGCCAGGGCCCCAUGGGCAUCCAGGAGAUCGUCGCCAUGUCCCCAGAGCUGGACACCUACUCCAUCACCAAGAAGGUCAAGGAGGUCUUGACAGACAACAAUUUAGGCCAGCGGCUGUUUGGGGAGAGCAUCCUGGGCCUGACGCAGGGCUCGGUGUCCGAUCUCCUCUCCAGGCCCAAGCCGUGGCACAAGCUGAGCCUGAAGGGGAGGGAGCCCUUCGUCCGCAUGCAGCUCUGGCUCAACGACCCCCACAACGUGGAGAAGCUGCGCGACAUGAAGAAGCUGGAGAAGAAGGCCUACCUGAAGCGCCGGUACGGGCUGAUGAGCGCUGGCUCGGACAGCGAGUCCCCCGGCGCCCGCUCCGAGUGCGCCAGCCCCAGCGCGCCGCCGCAGGACCUCAGCCUGCUCCAGAUCAAGAAGCCGCGGGUGGUGUUGGCGCCAGAGGAGAAGGAAGCCCUAAAGAAAGCCUACCAGCUGGAGCCAUAUCCCUCCCAGCAGACCAUCGAGCUGCUCUCCUUCCAGCUCAACCUCAAGACCAACACCGUCAUCAACUGGUUCCACAACUACAGGUCACGCAUGCGCCGAGAGAUGCUGGUGGAGGGCACGCAGGACAAUGACACGGACCCGGAGCAGAGUGGCGGGACGGCCAUCCCCGGGCGCCGGGCCCCCCACAGCCCCGAUUCGGACACCGAGGAUCACAAACCCGUGUUCGUGGGGGGCGAGCCCCCCUGCGCCGCCGUGCCCGUGAAGGUGAAGGAGGAGCAGGGGGAUCCGGGCGGCUGGAGCCGCCGUCGGGACUCACGCAGCCCGGCCGGAGCGGCCGAAGGGACCGGACCUCCCCAGGAGGAGCGGGGGGCAGCCCCCCACGCCGCCGCCCCCAGCCUCCCGCGGCGGGGAGGCCGCGCCGGUGCCACCGCUGGGGGACCUCCGCCGCCGCCACCGCCGCACCCCGACAGCUCCCAGUCCUCGGCGGGGUCGUCCCGUUGCAGCUUGGUGGUGUCCCCAACAUCGCCCUCGGCGGCUUCCUCGCCCGGCCUCACCGGCUCGGCCUCGCCAGGACCAUCCUCUGCCGGGCCGGUCUCGCCCGCGCUGCCACCGGCUCCCGGCCCCCGGCUCAGCACCAGCGUGCAGCGGCGCCACGAGAAGAUGGCCAACCUCAACAACAUCAUCCACCGCCUGGAGCGGGCUGCCAACCGCGAGGAGGCCCUCGAGUGGGAGUUCUGAGCCCCCCGACACCCUAAAUAUAUAUACACACCCCCACACAUAUAUAUAUAUUUUGAUAAAUGCAGUGUGCACCGAGAGGUGACGAGUGGCCGGCGCCACGGAAGAGGAGCGCCCAUGGAAAAGAGGGGACCCCCCCCCUCUAUGAAUCCGCCCCACCCCUCUGGCUUUGUUUUAAAUGUGAAAAACUGGGAACAAUUUUAGAAAAGAAAAACAAAAAAACAAAAAAUAUUUAUAGACCUCUUUUAGAUAUUUUAAUAAAAGGAUACUUUGGAAUUUAUUAACAGCUUAAGCUGCUUUGAUAUUAAAGAUAGCUAUAAAAUCAAGAUGAUGUAGCAGUCGUGUCAUUAAAUGUACACUGAAGUCUUGUAGUUUGCCACUGGAUGAGAUUAAAAACAAAUAAACAAACAAAAAAAAAA